UCACGAGCCGGAUCAUUUCGUGAGCUCUACAAGUGGUUGCGAUAAAAUUCUCGAGUGAACUCCCGUACUCCUGUCGUAACGCACCUAACGCACACGAUUCCUGCGUGUGGCACCGUCUAACCCAGUUGAUCUGUAAACUCUACCAUCGUGUUUCGCUUCUCGUGCUCACUUACAGUGCAAUCAUGACCAAGUACCACAAACCAGAGGCCAAAACCGUCCAAGACUUGAAGGACCUCGCUAACAAAUUGAGGUUAGACUCCAUCGAUGCUACGAACAGCUCCAAAUCUGGACAUCCCACAUCAUGUUCCUCGAUGGCAGAGAUCAUGUCCGUCCUGUUCUUCCACACGAUGAAGUACAAAUUAUCUGAGCCCAGGGACGCUUCAAACGAUCGCUUCGUUCUUUCAAAGGGCCAUGCCGCCCCCAUCUUGUAUGCCGCUUGGGCGGAAGCCGGUCUUUUUCCAGUGAGCGACCUGAAGAAUUUGCGGAAGAUCGAUUCUGAUUUGGAGGGUCAUCCGACGCCCAGACUGAACUUCAUUGAUGUCGGCACUGGUUCCCUCGGACAGGGUCUUUCUGUCGCUUGUGGAAUGGCCUAUGUUGGCAAAUACUUCGACAAGGCUUCCUACAGGGUUUACUGUCUGAUUGGAGACGGAGAGAGUGCAGAAGGAUCCAUCUGGGAAGCAAUGCAUUUUGCAUCCUACUACAAAUUAGAUAACCUCUGUGCAAUUUUUGAUGUCAACCGAUUGGGUCAGUCAGAGGCUGCAUCACUGGGUCACAACAUGGAAGCCUACAGGAAGCGAGCUGAGGCUUUUGGUUUCAAUGCCAUUGUUGUUGAUGGACACGAUGUUGAAGAAUUAGUCAAGGCAUUCCAUGAAGCUUCAGUCUCUAAGAACAAGCCAACCGCCAUUCUUGCAAAAACAUUCAAAGGAAAGAAUUUCCCAGACAUUGAAGAUUUAGAAAAUUGGCAUGGAAAGCCUUUGGGAGACAAGUCCAAUGCUGUUGUUGAGCACCUCAAAAAUCUGAUCAAAAACAAAGGCCCAUUCAAGAUCAAUACUGCCAAGGAGCUGGUUGAAGAUGCACCAAAAAUCAGUAUAAGCAAUAUCAAACUAUCCGCACCACCCAGUUACAAAUUAGGAGAAAAUGUUGCGACACGUCUUGCCUAUGGUACUGCUUUGGCCAAGAUUGGCAGCAGCAACCAUCGAGUUAUUGCUCUUGAUGGGGACACCAAAAAUUCAACUUUCUCCGACAAAUUGAAAAAGGCCCACCCGGAACAAUACAUUGAAUGCUUCAUCGCUGAGCAAAAUCUUGUUGGUGUCGCUAUUGGCUGUGCAUGCCGUGACCGUACUGUAGCUUUUGUUUCCACUUUUGCAACUUUCUUCACCAGAGCUUUUGAUCAGAUUCGUAUGGGUGCAAUUUCUCAAACGAAUGUUAACUUUGCUGGAUCUCACUGUGGUGUCAGUAUUGGUGAAGAUGGACCAAGUCAGAUGGCUCUUGAGGAUAUUGCCAUGUUCCGUGCUAUUCCAGGUUCAACCGUAUUUUACCCAAGUGAUGCUGUCAGUACUGAAAGAGCAGUUGAGUUGGCAGCCAACACAAAAGGAAUCUGUUUCAUCCGUACUUCUCGCCCUGAGACUGCUGUUAUCUACAAGAAUGAAGAACCAUUCAAGAUUGGCCAAGCAAAGGUUGUGAAACAAAGUGCCAAUGACCAACUUCUGAUUAUCGGUGCUGGAGUAACCCUAUAUGAAGCUCUUGCUGCUGCUGACGAGCUUGCCAAGGCUGGAAUCCAUGCACGAGUCAUCGAUCCAUUCACAAUCAAACCAAUCGAUGCUGCAACUAUCAUUACUAAUGCCAAGCAGGCUGGUGGUCGUAUCAUCACUGUAGAGGAUCAUUACUCGCAAGGUGGUCUAGGAGAGGCUGUGCAAUCAGCUGUUGCCCUUGAACGUGAUAUUAUCGUCCACAAAUUAGCUGUUGCUGCCAUUCCUCGCUCUGGACCUCCAAAAGUGUUGCUUAACAUGUUUGGAAUAGAUGCUGCCAGCAUUGUAAAAGCAGCUCAGCAGUUUGUCAAGCAGUGAACAUAAACUGUAUGAUGCAGUGCCCAGUCAGAAAUCAGCGAUGCAUUCCCGAAAGUUUUUUCUUUCACUACUUCCCAUUACCUUCUACUUAAGCACAGUUGUGCAUUAAAUUGUAGAUAAUUUUUACGUGAGCAGACUAUCCUUUUAAAUUGUGCCCUCUUUUAAAUGCUAAAUUUAGUUUCAAUUUCACCUUUUUAUGAUAAAAAGGUAUCAACAGUCAUUUUUGCUCUCUGCCGAGCGAAUCAAAUACUUAAUUUAGUCAGUCAAAUUUUACCAAUUCUUUGUAGUAAGUCUUUGUUCCCUACUUACUUACUUGUUAUUUAAAGUGUUCAUAAGUAAUUAAAUCAAACUACCUAUUUGUAUUUUAAGUUGUUUCAUGUAUAUUAUCUUAUUACAGUGUUUUUUCAUCCGGUCAGUAUUUUACGCAUUUUGAUGGAUGUGUAAGGUAGAUAAUUUCCCCCUUGGUCUUUUUAAAAAAUGUGCUAAUGUCCACAAAAAUAUUAAAACUUCACAAUGACCUUUCAAAAAAUUUGUAAAAAUUACCUUGCUAAGGUGCUUUUUAGCACUGUUUCUUGUUGUCUUUUCAAUUUAAUUGUUAAAUGUCCAUAAUUUUAGUGAGCAUGCAAAAAAUUUUAUUGAAGGUUGGGUUUUACCAGAAGUUUUUGACAGUAAAAAUUGGUUCAGAAUGCA